CAAUCCGCUCCCGUGCAUGAAGCUGUUUGCACAAAAGCACACAUACUGACCCCUUCCACCCUGGGCUGCCUCUAGCUUGCAUUCGACCCUCCUCGCUUGUCGGUCGACGCCUUUUGUAUUUGCAUCAGCCGCCGUCCACAUUCCCCGAGUAGGGAAUUCCAGGAGCCGCAGCAGUUUCCUUUCGCACACCUACCGCAGUCUGGAAAUCUCCAGUCACCGUUGUUGUUGUUUUUGUUGUCCCGCGCUCACUCUUUUUUUAACAAUGUCCGGACGAGCAGAAUGGCUCAUUCAGGGAGGUUGAAGCCAAGGAACUCUGUUGGGUCAGUGAUGAAAUGCUGCUUUUUUUAUACUGCAAGUCGUUUCUGAAGAUGGAUUGCCUACUGUGAAGCCAUUCAGAGCAACUCGUAUUUGGUGCAACAUCAUUAUUGCCCUUCAGUCAGAAGUGGAGGUGAAACGGCGCAGACACCAUCUGAGACAUCAUGAUGACUGCUUCCUUGGCUCUGAUGCAGUGGAUCUCAUUCUGAGUCACCUUCUGCAGAAUCACUAUUUUGGUGAGGCCGAAAUCUCUCGGUCAAAAGUACUGCGGCUCUGUCAGGCUUUGAUGGAUAAUAAGGUGUUUGAAGCAGUUGGCACAAAGCUUUUUGGCAAAGAUAAAGAAUCUACUUUUGAGGACAGUAGCUGCAGUUUGUACAGAUUUACCACAAUGCAUAGAUGGGUUGAUGUUGUGAAUGAAUGCCAGGCUCCCAGCCCAGCGUUCAAUGGAUCAUGGAGGAGGAAAGAACCAGUUCAUUUUUCCACAUGUACAGAUACCAGCCCUCCUGACAGCUCUUUAGAAGAACUACUCUGUAAUUUGAGUUUAAAACCUGUAACUUUAUCUCACAAUGAAACAUCACAAUUACCUCAGACAGUAGUUGAUGAGAUAUGGCAGGAACAAACAAUUUUACGUCUGCUACAGCUGAUUGAACUCCCAGUCUUGGACUCUCUAUUGGAUAGAAAAGAGCAUCAGCCAAAACCACAGAAUUUGAGCACUAACUCUCAUGCCAUUCCAAACAACCUUCUGGACCGGGAAAUCCUAAAGGCCUUUGGCGAUUCUCAGGGAGAUGAUUGGCUGUCAUCUGCAAUUGAUUUAUCGGAGUUCCUCCCAGAUCUCACGGUGGUGGAGAUCAGUAGGAAUCUUCCGGAAUCGUCUUCUGAUGUCGACCAGUGCAAAAUGCUGCUUUUUGAUCCCAUUGCUAAGUAUUACCAACAAACCAAAGAGCCUCUCCUCACCAAUGACUACUUUGACAUUCACACAGGCGUUGCAGAGCUCCUUGUAAAUGGGAAGUUUGAACCAGCACUGGAGGCAACACAGCUAUGUCUAAAGCUUCUGGAUUCCAAGAAUCGGGAAGAGCUGAGGAGGCUGUUGCAUUUCAUGGCUGUUACCGCACAGCGUUCAUCCAUUGCCUUACAGAAGGGGGUUGAGAAUAGAAUUUUGAUGAAGAGGACUUUCGGUAAAGCCAUAGUUUUUAAUAAGAACCUUCCAAAAGGGAAAGCUGAUCUCUUGGUUUUGUUCCUCCUUGAUCAUCAGAAAGAUGUAUUUAAGGUCCCAGGGUCAUUGCACAAAAUGGUGAGUGAGAAACUGAUGUUCAUUCAAAGUGGUGGAGAUCCAGACCAUGAUAUAGGGCACACUUACUGUGAAAGACUUACUUAUGCUGCGUGUGAAAGCAAUAUGCAGAAGACUACCAGGAAUGAGCUUUUACUGCUACUUAAAGCCAUUGACGAAAACCCCAAGCUGUCUGCCAAAGAGAAAAAGAAAGUCCUCGCUCGGUUCAACAGGAGUCAUCCAGCUGUAUUUUUUCAAUACUACUACAAUGCAUUAAGGAAACCAUAAUCUUGUCCAGCUGCAGUGUAAUGUAUUGAUGUGUAUUACUGUAAGUUAAUUGUAAAACCAAUUAAGUUGAAGAUUUUAUAUAAGAUUGCAAUGAAUAAACUUUCAAAUUUC